CUUGCAUUUAUUUUCGGUAUAAAAAUAAACACGUACACAGGCCAAAAUUAUAUCCAAUUUUGUUUUUAGUGAUAUUUAACAAUAUAAUACAGAAAAGUGUGAAAAAAACGUAUAAGCCAAUUGCAUUUAUAACAGUUCACGGUUUCAAGUAAACGAGUGCGGCGAAUAAAACCCAGUAAUUGUAAAACAAGAAACACUGACGUGGGUUUCAGUGUGGUGGCUCUCUUGACAAUAGACAAUCAGUCUCGGCGGCGUUGUGCCUCAUAACAUUGGGGAAGGCGAGUGGGGGUCGGUCGUUGGUUCGUUCGACUCAUAUAAGCGGAUAUAUUUUAUUGCUUGGUUUGGCUACUUUCUUUUUCGCUUUGCCUGCCAUAGUUAUUGCGGUACGGUUAUCGGUUGACGGUCAAUGUUAUAGCCAAGGACGCAAAACAAACUGCUGGAUGUUAGCAUAACACAGAUUCAUAAAUAAUAGAAUAAAAUAAAAAAAUUUAGAGGCUUUACACUGUCAUGUCUCGGUGGCGUUAUUUGUCUGACAAGGCACCACUAUUUGUGGUGCUAUUGCUGGUGUGCCUGUAUGGCUCACAGUUGUCUUGUGGCUACUUCGCUUCCUACGAUUUGACGGAGAAUAACAAGAACUGUUUUUGUGAGCUGGAAGGUUCCAUUAACGAUUGUGGCUGUGAAGUGGACACCGUAGACCAUUUUAAUAACAUAAAAAUCUAUCCCCGCCUCAAGAGCAUACUAGUGAAAAACUAUUUUCGUUUUUUUAAAGUGAAUUUACACCAUCAGUGUCCAUUUUGGUCUGAUGACAGCAAAUGCGCAAUGCGUUUCUGUCAGGUGCAGAAUUGUGAGGAACAAACAAUACCACCGGGCCUAAAGGAACAAGGUUACAAUCAUAAUUUUAUGAGACCGGCUGCCUAUAAGUAUUCCCCUGAAGCCCAAGAUCCUGAAUGUUCGGAUGCCAAUGAUUUCAACAGCAUUCUUGGUCUAAUCGAUACCAGCAUAAGUGAUCAGGCCCACAAGGAGUUUGAGCUGUGGGCAAAACAUGAUCAAGCCGAAGAGGAUUUCUGUAUAAUCGAUGAAAAUGAAGAGGGCUGCCAAUAUGUGGAUUUACUGCUCAAUCCCGAACGUUAUACCGGCUAUAAAGGUGAUUCGGCCCAUCGCGUCUGGAGCAGCAUAUAUUUGGAGAAUUGUUUUGGAGUGCAAAAUAAGAGCAAUACGUUUUCGGAUUAUUUGGCUCAAAUGGAUUUGCAUAAAAUGUGUUUGGAACAACGUGCCUUCUAUCGCAUUAUCUCCGGUCUACAUACCAGUAUUAACAUACAUUUGUGUUCCAAAUAUCUGCUGUCUGAAACAAAAGAUUUCCUAGCGCCUCAGGGCAUAUGGGGACCAAAUGUUGAGGAAUUUAAACGCAGAUUUAGUCCAGAGACCACCAACGGAGAAGGACCCCAUUGGUUGAGAAAUCUGUAUUUCAUUUAUCUGGUAGAGUUGAGGGCAUUAUCUAAAGCUGCACCUUACCUUAGGAGAGAGGACUACUAUACGGGUAUUGUGGAGGAAGAUCAGGAAACUAAAAUGGCCAUUAAUGAUUUGUUAUCGGUUAUCGAAUCGUUUCCCAAUCAUUUUGAUGAAAACGCCUUGUUCUCUCACAGCCCCCAGGGCAUACGAUUUAAAUAUGAAUUUAAGGAGAAAUUUAGAAAUAUCUCUCGCAUUAUGGAUUGCGUUGGUUGUGACAAAUGUAAACUAUGGGGUAAACUACAGACUCAGGGUUUGGGUACAGCAUUAAAAAUAUUGUACUCAGAAAAAUUGAAUAUAGCCACGGAAAGUGGGUUAUGGGAUAAACCGCACAUUGAAGCUGAUCCCAUUUUCCGUUUGAAGCGUAGCGAGAUAGUUGCGUUGUUUAAUGCAUUUGGAAGGCUUUCUAAUAGUAUUUUUGAAAUGGAAAACUUCAGAAAAUCUCUUAGAUAAUAAGAGUUUCAACGAAAACAUAAAAAACAAAGAAAAGCCAAUUAUUUUGAAAACCAUUUCCUUAGGCAUAGUCUACUUAAAUCUUAUGAUCAUUGUUAAAACGUCCUUUAUUAGUGAACAUUAAACAAAACAUCUCUUCCCCACGUCACCCUUCCCAUCAGCAGAUGUUUAAUUCGUUCCCAUUAUCAAGAUUGUUAUUUGUUUUUACAUGUAUAAUAUACGUAAAAUUUAUCUCUUAUGAAUGAAACACAUCCGUCUAUUAUUGUAGAAGGAUGUCCAAAGAAUGAAGUUGUAGUAAAGGUUUCCUUUUUACCGACACCGGUCCGACUGAGUCUGCUUCUGACCAGUAGUCAUGUAGUAUAUAUAUUAAUUGGUCCUUAGACUUUGAUUAUCCUUCCCCUGCUCUCUCUACCCAUUUUAUACUCGGUACAUAAAAACAAAACAUUAACUUAUACAACCUAUCUUAAGUUAGACUUUAAGCAUAUUUAUUAUUUGUCUAUAUAUUAAUUAAAUUCUGUAAGAAAGACCGUAGAAUGUUAUAUUGUUUAUAUGUAUUAAUGAUGUUUAAUAUACCGGUGCAAUUUUAAAAUAAAAAACUGUAGAAGAUUUUGCAAUGCCAAAAAACGGUUGUACUUAUUACCUAACCUAACCUAUUACAAAGAAAUAGGUUUUUACUAAUUAAAUAAUUUUUUUAAAUUUCAGAUUAA